AUUUGAGUUGAAUGUUGUAUUUAGUCUUCUUUAUUUGGUCUACACCAUCAUAAUAGCUUCAUUCGUUUAAGACACCGGUCACCAUUAUUCGCGUUCAUACCAAACAAGUUCAUUUCAUUAUAUGCGAUUUGGCAUUUUUGAAAACAAUCCGUUGAUUAGUUUUUUUUUCGAAUGGAUAUUUGUUCUUAAAAAAAUGAGUUGUAUAUCACCACAGUGUGGAGCUCAAAGUGUCGGAGCUUCAAACCACAUAUUUUUGUCAUUAUUUCAAACACUUAUCGCCGCCCAAUGUGCGAUUUCUCCACCAGAAAUGUGGCCACCACACCAUGAAGAACCGUGGAAGGCUGCUGGAGCUGCAGCAUUUGAUUUUAUCAUUAUUGGUGGAGGCUCUGCUGGAGCUGUGGUGGCAAGUCGACUUAGUGAAAUAGAAAAUUGGAAUGUUUUAUUGCUCGAAGCUGGUGAUGUUCCUCCGAUGGAAGAAGAAAUUCCAGGUUUGCAAGGAAAUUUAUUUGGUGGAAAAUAUGAUUGGCAAUUUGCUGCUGAAUCAGAAACAGCUUGUUUAGCAUAUCCAUACGGAUGUACUCGACCACGGGGGAAAAUGUUGGGUGGUUCAGAUGCAAUGAAUUCCAUGCAAUACGUGCGAGGUCAUAAACAUGAUUUUGACUCAUGGAGUGAAGCUGGAAACAUUGGCUGGGAUUAUGAUAAUGUAUUGAACUAUUUCAAAAAAGCCGAAAAUAAUCAGAAUCCGGAUUAUGUGAAAUAUCAAAAUGGAAAAUAUCACAGUAAUUCUGGUCCAAUAAAAAUUGAUUUUUACGGUCCGAAAAAACCCUUCGAAGAUGUAUAUCUUAAAGCAUUAGAAGAAAUUGGAGUGCCAACCAUUGAUGAUAUACAUGCUGACAAAGUAAUCGGUGCGGGUAAAUGUCAAGGAAGCAUACACGCUGGAAGAAGACAAACAGCGGCCAAAUCGUAUUUAAUACCAGCAAAAAAUCGAAAAAACUUACACAUCUCAUAUAAUACAGAGGUUCAACAGAUUUUAAUUAACGAAGAUAAUCGAGUUACUGGUGUUGCUGUUAAAGGAAAUCAAAAUCGGAUUUUUAAAAUUUUUGCUCGAAAAGAAGUUAUUUUGUCGGCUGGAUCGCAUAUGAGUCCAAAACUAUUGAUGCUAUCUGGAAUUGGACCAAGAGAUCAUUUGACCGAAGCCAAUAUUCGAGUGAAGGCAGAUUUACCGGUUGGAAAAAAUCACAUUGAUCAUCUCAUAUUGCGUUUAUUUGUUUCAUUUGCACCCCAUUCAACGGAUGUACCAACAACCUCCCAUCACGAUGAUCUUUAUAAUUUACUAGCUCACAAUACUGGACCUCUAACAACCAAAUUAUUACCACAACAAUUGAUUGGUUUCAUAAACUCACAUAAUCGAAAUGAUUUCACUGAUAUUAUGCUUCACUUUAAUCACUUCCCACCAAAUUCAGAUUUUACAAGUUCCGGUUAUACGUAUUAUAACCCACAAAUCAGAGAUUAUUUAAAUGAAAAAUCAAAAACAAAUGACAUUGGUUAUAUUGAAGUAAAUUUAGUUCAACCGAAGUCACGCGGCUAUAUUCAAUUAAAUAAAACAUCAAUCGAAGAUAAACCAAUUAUUCGACCCAAUUAUGUAACAGACGAAGAAGACAUUCAAACGUUUAUACGCGGUAUCAAGAAAAUGCUCCCCAUUUUGGAUACGAAAACACUCAAAGAAAAACAAGCAGAACUAUUGAAAAUCCCAUUGGAAGCAUGUGCGCAACAUCAGUUCUUGUCGGAUGAAUAUUGGCGCUGUUAUAUUCAUCAAAUCGCUUAUCCUCCGAGUCACACAGUUGGAACGUCGAAAAUGGGACCCGAGUCUGAUCCGGAAUCGGUGGUCGAUCCACGACUGAGAGUAAGGGGUGUUACUAGAUUACGUCAAAUAGAUGGUGGAAUAAUGCCAAAUAUAGUUACGGGAAAUACAAACGCAGCUUGUAUAAUGAUCGGUGAAAAAGGUGCCGAUCUCAUUAAAGAAGAUCAUUUGGCAGGAUAUAAGGCAUUUUGAAAUCAACAGAUUUUCAUUUCAGAUUAUUUGAAUUGACAUUUCAGAAAAACUUUGCCCAAAUACUGUCAUUUAGUAUUCAAACUCUUUAAUAAAUGUGCCAAUAAAAUUACGAAUUUUUAAAGAAUUA